UGCACUGGCCAGAAUAAGUUGGAUCACGUCUGUCUUCACUGAAAUCCAAAAUCAUAUCAAAACUAUGGCGGUGUUGAGAAUAAGAACAAUGAGAUACUUUGGGGUUUGGACCUUCCUCGUAAUAGUGGCUGUGGUCUGUGCGCAAAGGGUCAAUGACCCUAGCAAUAUGUCAAUCGUAAAAGAAACUGUGGAUAGACUGUUGAAAGGAUAUGACAUUCGCUUGAGGCCAGAUUUUGGAGGUCCCCCUGUGGGAGUGGGGAUGAAUAUAGACAUAGCCAGCAUAGACAUGGUAUCUGAAGUCAAUAUGGACUAUACAUUGACUAUGUAUUUCCAGCAAGCUUGGCGAGACAAGCGGUUAUCCUACUCGGAGAUUCCCCUCAAUCUCACCCUGGAUAACCGAGUAGCGGAUCAGCUGUGGGUACCAGACACCUACUUCCUAAAUGACAAGAAGUCUUUUGUCCAUGGUGUCACAGUGAAAAACAGAAUGAUUCGACUCCAUCCAGAUGGAACCGUGCUCUAUAGCCUGAGGAUCACCACUACAGCAGCUUGUAUGAUGGACCUGAGACGAUAUCCGCUGGAUGAACAAAACUGCACACUGGAGAUAGAGAGCUAUGGGUACACCACUGAUGACAUAGAGUUCUACUGGCGAGGAGGUCACAACGCUGUGACGGGGGUGGAGAGAAUAGAACUACCCCAGUUCUCCAUCGUGGACCACAAACUCAUCUCUAAGAAUGUCGUCUUCUCUACAGGAUCCUACCCCCGACUCUCCCUCAGCUUCAAGCUGAAGAGAAACAUUGGCUACUUCAUCCUGCAGACCUACAUGCCCUCUAUCCUGAUCACCAUCCUUUCCUGGGUCUCCUUCUGGAUCAACUAUGACGCUUCCGCUGCCAGAGUGGCUUUGGGAAUCACCACUGUGCUGACCAUGACCACCAUCAACACUCACCUGCGGGAGACCCUUCCCAAGAUCCCCUACGUCAAGGCCAUUGACAUGUAUCUUAUGGGUUGCUUCGUAUUCGUCUUCCUGGCCCUGCUAGAGUACGCCUUGGUCAACUACAUCUUCUUCGGCAGAGGACCCCAGCGCCAGAAGAGAGCGGCUGAGAAAGAAGCUGUUGCCAACAAUGAGAAAAUGAGAAUGGAUCCAAACAAGUGGUUGGUGGGAAAUGUAGUUCAGAGAGACGAUACUCUGUAUGCCAGAAUGAAACAGAGGGAUAUUGACGCUCAUGACUCGAUGUGGGAACCAAUCUUUGUGGACGAUGCAGCGAUAGGACUAGGCGAGGAAAAGAAUAAGAUGGACCCGCAUGAAAAUAUUCUUCUGGGCACUAUAGAAAUUAAGAAUGAGAUGGGAGCAUCGGAGCUGACCCUUGGUCUCAGUGACCCCAGGAGCACCAUGUUGACUUAUGACAGCUCCACCCUGCAGUACCGCAAAGCAGGGCUGCAGGCCAGGCACAACUUUGGACGCAACACCCUGGAGCGCCACAUGCCUCAGAAGAAGAACCGGCUACGGAGGCAUGCUUCACAGCUGAAGAUCAACAUUCCCGAUUUGACUGAUGUAAACUCUAUCGACAAGUGGUCGAGAAUGAUCUUCCCCACUGUCUUUUCUUUGUUCAACAUAAUCUAUUGGCUCUACUACGUCAACUAAAUGGACUUCAGCAAGGCAGAACAAAACAAACAACAAAGCUAGUUUUUCUCUGAAUAGUUAUCAUUUUGCUGUUUGUUCUUGCAACACAAGACUGAAUUACUAAAACAAAAUCAGGACUGACUCCAUUUUACCUUGGAACACCUUAAUUGCUGGCUAACACAUGAAAACCUUAGAGGAGAGCGAGAGAAAUUCAGAACAUAUACUGUAUGGUGCCUGUACCAGAGUUUUUGUUUAUAAUUUUACAAGUACAAUAUUUAGUGAAUUUAGUAUUUUAUCAUUUUUAAACGUUUGUUUGCAUAUAUUUGUAUGUUUUUACAUUUUAAAAUCUUUAUAUAUAUAUAUCUAUCUAAUUUGUUGCCAAAACAUAGUUAGAAAUAUUAAUGAUAUAUUGAUUUUUAAAUAUCUCAGACCACAAAGACACUCCUUAAAACAGUUACAAGCAUGUUCAGGUCAAUCUUUUCUAAGACUCAUUACUUCAAAGAUGUAAUGUUAUUUAUCCUAGAAUUUAUUUUGUCUUUAUAUUGUGAAGUUUCACGUUUUCAUAGUAUUAAGUCAUAGUUAAAGGGUUUUACGAUUAACCAACCUUUUCUACCUUGAUAUAGUUGAUAAAUCAUAUUAUUUAUUUUGAAGCAUUAUUUCAAUUCUAUGAAAGUGUUUGAUAGUGUAGUAGAUACUAUUUUAGACGACAGAAACAAACAUCAUUCCUAACCUUGACAGAAGAAACUAGAAAGUAAAGUUUAUCGGCCGUUGACAUUGAAUGCUGUAGCAUAGCUAACAGAUAAAUGCAUCACAAAGCCUUUGAUUCAUGAUUUGAUAUUGUUUUCUUAAAGUAUUCAUUCAGAAAAGGUACAGAAUAUUAACUUGAAAUGUAGAAGUUGAAUAUAUUGCAAAAAAAUGAGAAGAAACCGAGAAAGAAAUGGAGAAAGAGAAUGUUGCAUUAGUCUUCAAAGCAGUUUAAGAGUCAGUGAUACAGUGAUAGAUCAUGUAGAAGAUCAAUUGAAGAAAAAUUCACAAACGUGUCUCUGAAAAAUGGUUUGUUCACAUAUCUGGAAGAUUACAGGAUAAUAUGAUGUAUUUGCUCAUAAUUGUUCUUCACGUGGAUAUACAGAAACAAACAUUGGCUCUAGUUUGUUAAGAAACAUCAGAUGGCAUCUUGUAAUUCCUAUUCCUAAUGAAUUGAGCCAGCAGUUAAGGAUUCUAUGAUAGGCAUUUCAUGAUGCAUCAAAAGACAAUCUUUCCUAUCACCAUGAUGUGUAAAUAUCUCUUGUAUAUGAUUAUUUAAAAAGUAAUGAUAUCUAUCACAGUUCCAGCGAGGAUCCAUCCAGAAUUUGUCCAUGAUAUAAUUAUCUUCAGGAAGUUGGAAGGUUUUGAAAACAAAGGUUUUGAGCAGCUCCACCUUCUUAAAUUAUACACUGUCAUUACUGCCAUUUCUUUAUCAAAUAUCCAGGUGUUGACAGUAACUAUACAAAACAAAGAGUAUGAUAGAGAGAAAAGGCUGCUCUGCAAGCUGGCAAGAGAAACCACAAUGCACGAAAGCACAAUGCAGCUCCAAAUCUCAAUUGAAAAUGGACUGUCGUCUUAAGAUAAUAUGUUUAUUUCUGAUAAUCAGUUCAUUAAGUUUCUCUACUUUCCUUGCAAAUGAUUACUAUAAGUAUACUGUAAUAAUACUUCUUUCCUGCCAAAUGAUUACUAUAAGUAUACUGUAAUAAUACUCCUUUCCUGCCAAAUCAUUACUAUACUUAUAAUACUCACGUCCUGCCAAAUGAUUACUAUAAGUAUACUGUAAUAAUACUAAUUUCCUGUUCAUGCAUUCCAUUACUCUACUUCCCUGCCAAAUGAUUACUAUAACUAUACUGUAAUAAUACUAAUUUCCUGCCAAAUGAUUACUAUAAGUUUACUGUAAUAUAACUAAUUUCCUGUCAAUGCAUUCCAUUACUCUACUUUCCUGCCAAAUGAGUACUAUAAGUAUACUGUAAUAAUACUCCUUUCCUGCAAAAUGAUUACUAUACGUAUACUGUAAUAAUACUCCUUUCCUGCCAAAUGAUUACUAUACUUAUACUGUAAUAAUACUCCUUUCCUGCCAAAUGAUUACUAUACGUAUACUGUAAUAAUACUCCUUUCCUGUCUGGUUGUUUCCCUUAUUAGUAAUACUCCAUGAAUGAUCACCUUAUGGCAACACUGCCAAUAGUAAAGUCAGCAUUCAAUGGAAAUUAAGAAACGUCAUAAACAUUUUGGAAACCAAAACACACAGUAGUACAUCGUACAGCUGUUGCGUGUACCAUGUUUGACCACUGACUUUGUAAAACAACAUUUUGCAUACAAACAGAUCCAAAAGCCAUAGUGUCUGUAUAGUAGGUGGUGCAACACUUCUUGGUGCUCUUGAGACUGCUCCCUCAAAACAGAGAUAUAGUUUGAAGAGAGAGACUAGAACAUUACAAUUUAUCUCCUAUGUUUCUUGAAAAUGUAUGGAAACACACACAGCGAUAACUGCACAAAUAUUAUAAAUUAUUUAUUAGUGAUUUCUGAUCAUUUUAGUGUUUGGUGACUCCCUUAGAUGAUCGGUAACAAUUAAAUAUAGAAAACAACCCCAUGAACAUAUGAAUUAUCAUUACAUGCAGAUGUUGUGACAUCACCUCAAGUGCAAUUGCAUGUUUUCAACAUACGUGGUAUUCACCCCAAAACAAUUCGUAUUGCAUGUUUUCAACAUACGUGGUAUUCACCCCAAAACAAUUCGUAUUGCAUGUUUUCAACAUACGUGGUAUUCACCCCAAAACAAUUCGCAUUGCAUUUUUUCUUCUCGCUUCUUUACAUCCGCAUGUUCUUUUCUCAAUAAUAUCAAUGGACAAAAGUCCACUUCCUUCUCUUUUUUGGGGCUUUUGAUUAAGUCUUCUGACGCUUACUUUUACACAAUCCAAACAAAGGUAGCCAUCGCACUCUUGUUGUGACGUGAUGAACAUCAUUUAAAUGUACAGUAUAAGGAUGAACAAGUAAUGGUUGAAAGUAAAGGGUUCGUUUAGGAUUUUUUGUGUGUGUGUGUUUCCAGCCAUGAGACUACGGCUGGAAUUCAGUCAAACCCGCACAGCAGAAAAACAUGAUACAUUUUUUUAACAUACAUUUUCUGGCAGAAAAAGUAAGGAUAGGGUGCAUUUUUACAAGACAUGACCUAAGUGAUUUUACCACCCAUGUGGUUUUCUGCGGUAAAGGUUUGAUUGAAUACACCCUUAUUUUAACCAUGCAUACUAAAUAUGGCUAUUUAACCUAAUCUAUAUCUAUAUAAUGAUUUGGGUAUAUGGGCUAUUUUUUACUUUUCACUCAUGUUUAAUGUAUCAUUACAAUAUUGUGUUUGUGUAAUUUAUUUGCAUAUACUCAUAUGGCCCUAUAUUACAUUUAGUUUAAUGUUCACUCACUCUAUUUUAAGAUGUUACCAGAUCAUCUACAUGUACAUUUGAAGAAGCUUGAAUAUGAUUAAUACAUACAUUGAUCUACAGAAAUGUCUUGAUAUUGGUGUUGUACGAUUUUUCACAGGGUUUGGGGUAGGGCUGUGUUCAAAAACCUGUUUCUAGGUGUACAUAUAAUAUAUUGUUAGUAAACAUCAAUUGGAGCCUGAUAUUCCUGUAAAUAGAAGACUAAAAUCAAUUUUCAACUUACUUAUUUGUACUUUACUGUAAGACGAAUGCAAAGCAAUUUCAUGGUUUCAGCUGAUAUGACAACGAUAAUGUAAAUAUUUUGAAGAGUACCACUCGAUCACUUAGUAAAACAAACAUUUGUUGUUUUAAUGACUCAACUCAGAAUGUCUUCAGUUUUUGCCAAAUUGUCAAGUAUUAUCAAAGGCAAGAAUGUAGUUGAUGUAAUUUUGCAGCACAUGCCUGAGGUAGCUGAGACAUGUAAGCAGGAGUAUAAGCAUUUCUAGUUCCACUGAUUGGAAAGAUACACAUACAUGUGCACGCACACACACACACACACAUAAACCUGCAUGACACACACACACACAUAAACCUGCAUUC